GUUGUGUCGUCGUCGUCGCGUUGUCGAAUAGUGGAAGGUAAAGCGGGGCAAGGAAAAGGGAAGGAUCGGUGAGGGGGAAGAGAGCGACACCCGUAGCUCCGCUUUACCGCCGCAUUCUCGAGCGUUCGUCUCCGUUCGUCUCCUCGUACGGCAAGCAAGCGAGCGAAUGCACGUCGUCGUGUCGCGCGCAUACCAUUAUUUCGUGUCUCGUGUUCAACCUAGAAUACGGUUUCUCUUGUAUACGUAUCAACAGCGUACAUCUGUGCAUCGGUAUUAAUGACGCUUAGUCGUUAGUCAGUUUUCGAUGAACGUUUAUUGCUAGAGUAAGUGUGGUAAAAAUAUCUGGCGUCCGAGUAACGUGUUCUUCUUUUUCUUUGCUCCGCCUUUACGGCGCGUCGCUCACUUCGAGCGCUAGAACGCGUUUGCUAAAAUUUCAGUGCUCGAUAAUUCUCAAACUAUUGAACAUCAUUUUUCGUGGCGUUACAAUAUAAUCCAUUGUAAUUACGAUACAAAGUGGAAAAGAAACGUGGAAGACGUAAUGGGAAUAUAUUGAGUGAUUUUUCGAGAGUGAAAUUGAUUUUACGUGGUGUUUAUUUUGCGGAGACUAGCACAGUCUCUCAUAACAAAUAUGUUAUAAAAUCGUUAUCGUGUAUCCAAAAAGUGCAUAAAGGAUAUACAGGAACAGAAUAAUAGACGUGAAAAAGUGAAUGUGAGUGAUACGUUAGUACGUUGUGACAACGACGACGACUCGGCGGAAUAUUCGUGGACGAAGAAAUUGACCAAAAUGAUGGGGAAGAGAACGCAGUGCUACUUGUGCGAUCUGCCUAGAAUGCCCUGGGCAAUGAUCACGGAAUUUUCGGAACCCGUGUGCCGUGGUUGUGUAAAUUAUGAGGGUGCCGACAGAAUAGAUGCAGUAUUGGAAUCGGCUAAGCAAAUGAAAAAAGCACACGGUUUCCAUGAAGCUAGAUCUUCUACAUCAAAAGCUUAUAGAACAUCCGGACAUACUGAACACAACGGAGGUGCUAAUUUGGACGUUCUACCGAUACAGAAUACUGGUCAAAAUCAUUCAAGGCAUCACAAUAUUGCUAGUUAUUCACAGCUUCAUCAUCGAAACUCCAUUACCGAAUUCAACUCAAGUACAUCAAGGCAGCAAAUCUCUCGGCAACAUGAAGAAACUCAUGAGAUUGCAAAUGGCAUGAGGAGUAAUAACGUGAGAAUCCCAAACGCCCACCUAGCAGCAGUGGCGCAUCACGUGAAUCUUAGCCACAACAGAGGUAUCGCACAACUCAAACGAAGUAUUUCCACAAUCGAUGAGGAUGAGCAUGCUGAGAAAAGACUUUCGUUGGAAGAACAGCAUUCAGUAAGGCCACCAUUGACCAGAGGUGAUUCCUUACCAGCUGUAAGUCUUGCCGUCAGUUAUGUACAAGAUAGAAGCAAAGAAAAACAUCCUGUGAGAGCACCUAGCUUCGAGACCGCCACUUCAUUCAAGGCCAAUGGAGCAUAUGUUGGUCCAUCUAUUCCAUUAGCUCCAGCAAAUGUAGCGGCAAAUGGUGGAGGGUCUCCUCUUCGUCCACGAACUAGCCCUCCACCACCGCCACCACCAACACAAGAAACCACUAAUGAUAAUCCACAGACGAAUCAUCAUCAGGGUACAACAAACGGCCCAUCUCCAAUGGCCGCGCUCAUGUCUGUUGCUGAUAAUUUAGCAUCACCAGAAUCAGUGCCACAACCACCAAAUAAUCCAAGUCCAACUAGCAGAAGCCCACCGACUACGGCUACGAACGCUCAACAACGUAGUGCCUCCAGAGGGUCGCAGCAUAGCCCGAAUAGUUCAGCAUCGUCGGGUAGGAGGUCCAGUGGUUCAAGACACGUAUCGUCAACGACUGUAACAACAUCAUCAGAGGGAGCAGUUGCUCAAGUUGCUGGAGCUGAACAAGUUUCAGCACCAAUAUUAAAAUGCACUUUGUGUCAAGAACGUCUCGAGGACACACAUUUCGUUCAGUGUCCCAGCGUACCACAUCAUAAAUUCUGUUUCCCAUGCAGCCGAGAGAGCAUAAAGAGACAGGGUGCUGGAUCAGAGGUUUAUUGCCCAAGUGGCGAAAAGUGUCCACUGGCGAACAGCCAAGUGCCAUGGGCGUUUAUGCAAGGCGAAAUAGCCACUAUCUUGGGCGACGAUACCACCGGUUCUGGGCUUAAAGUAAAGAAAGAAAGAGAAACUUAAAGAUUCUCAUACUGUUUUAAAACGGGGCUCAAAUUUUGCACCCUCUUUGACGAGGGUUAAUUAUGGUGGAACCGUGAAGGUUUAACCAAAAAAAUACUUUUGGUAAAGGUGAUAAAUGUUGGCGGCGAUAUUGCCAACAUUAUUCGAUUCGAGCCAAAGACGUUGUCGGUGCAAAUUGGAAUUAAUAACGAAGUUGUUGAUGUUGUUGUCGGGGAAAGUGGACGAUUUUUUUCAGCGAUUUGUUUCGCUGAAUGUUCUUUUCACCGAGACAACAGACUGUUUCGAUCGAUCAAUCGUUCGUUCGAUCAAUUGUUUUUGACUGGUUUUGAGAAGAAGUCUUUGGCAUACUUUUUGACAUACUGGCGUCGGUUCUGCAUACGUGUAUAUAUGGGAUUAUCAUAGGACGGUUAAUGCGCGAAGAAGUCAAAAAAAAAAAAAAAAAAAAUACGUGGUUUCUAUCGAAUAUAUACAAAUUAACGUAAGAAAUCACGGGAGAGAUUUUGUGUCCGGUUUGGGUUUGUACUUAGGCUCAAUCGCCUUUCUUUAUUGUUUCUUGUGUCGCGACAUUUUCGCGUUUUUUGAAGUACAACAACACACAAUAAUACAUACAACAGGACAUACACUGUACACAUAAUAACACAUGUAUACACAUACAAGCAUGAUUUGUUGCGUACACAUACACAAAUUACUAAAUAUACAUAUAUACAUACACAUAUACAUAAAAUACAUAACAUGAUACUAUUAAAAUUAGGCGGUUAUAUUGUACUUUAUUUUUAUUCACGCUAUACCGUGAUCGCGGAUUAACCGGAGUCGGAAGUCGUGCUUCGGUGUUCUAAAAUCCGUCGAGAAAAUUUUUGACGGAUGUCCUUUUCUAAUCUUUCAUUUGUAUACUCUUUCUACUAUUACCACACACUCGUUGUAUGAUAGAAACAUAAAAACAUGGCGGACAUAUUUAGACCCAGCGUAUGGGUUUUCUGUACAUUGUGUAUAUGUGUACAUACCACAUUAUUAAUAAAACUUAUGGACUAAAGAGGAAUAACCAUUUUUAAAUGUACAAAAGAAAAAUUUACAUUCAUUUUGCGUGUUAUUCUUAUUAAAUUAUUUUUCUUUUUUUUCUUCUUUCUUCUCGAAUUAUUAUAAAAUAAACGAAAAAAAUCGUAUAUUUAAAAAUAUUUUACAAAAUAUUUGAGCGAAUUUUGUUUUUGUUUUUUCUUUUCGUUCUUUCUCGUUUGCGAAAAAUUACGAAAUCUCUUUUAAUAUUUGUCUGGUAUCUAAAAAAAAAAAAAAAAAAAAAAAAAAAAUACGAGAGAGAAAGAAGGAUUUGGAAAAGGAGGGGUGGGUAUCGUUCUUAUCCAGUCAUUCAUAAUAAAAAAAAAAAAAUCGGUAUCCGAUUAUGUAACGUCCACUUUCGCCUUUAGUUAUUUGCUAGACUUUAAGUGAGAGGGCCUUUUGGUUUUUCAUUUUGCUGAUGAAAAAGAUGACGCCCGUCAAAUAGGAACCAUACACUCGCUAUUGUCUCUAAAAACGUAAAAGAAAAAAAAA